UGUCACUUGCCAGUUGCCAUUUGUCAAUGUUAUGGACGGAACGUAUUUAUGAAACUGAUAUCUCGUACUGUGUUUUGAGAUUUGUUAUUGUACAUAUGUCCUCAGAAUUAUUAACAUUAUAUAUUAAUCUCUUUUAAAGUAGAACUGUUAUGAGUUAUUGAAUACAAUGAGUACAGUUCCAGAAAACGCACCAAAUCAUUGCCCUGGUACUGGGAGUGAAGAUGCAGGGAAAGCCUCAGCUUGUGCCGGCUGCCCUAACCAGAAUAUAUGUGCUUCUGGUGUGGCAACUGGUCCUGAUCCAGCAAUUGAAUUGAUAAAAAGUCGCCUAUCGAAUGUCAAACAUAAAAUUUUGGUUCUCUCCGGCAAAGGGGGUGUCGGAAAAAGUACUGUCACAUCAUUGCUAGGACACAUGUUGGCAAAACAAAACCCUAAUAUGAAUGUGGGGAUCUUAGACGCGGACAUUUGUGGUCCCAGCCAGCCCCGUGUGCUGGGCGUCCGCGGAGAGCUCGUACACAACUCGGGCUCCGGCUGGUCGCCCGUCUAUGUAACGGACAACCUCUCCCUGAUGUCCAUCGGCUUCCUGCUGGGCAGCCCGGAUGACGCGGUGAUAUGGAGGGGACCCAAGAAGAACGGUAUGAUCAAACAGUUCCUGAGUGAAGUGGACUGGGGAGACCUUGAUUACCUGCUCAUCGACACUCCGCCGGGUACGUCUGACGAGCACCUGUCCCUGGUGCAGUACCUGGCCGAGGGAGCUCGCUGUGUGGUGGUGAGCACGCCGCAGGAGCUGGCCUUGCUGGACGUACGAAAGGAGCUGGCCUUCUGUCGGAAAGUGGGACUGCCGGUGCUGGGGGUAGUCGAGAAUAUGGCUCUGUUCGUCUGCCCCAACUGUCAGGCGCAGAGUGAGAUCUUCCCCGCGUCGACGGGUGGCUCGAGUCAGAUGUGCUCGGAGCUGGGCGUGCCGCUGCUGGGCGCUCUGCCCUUGGAGCCGCUUCUGGCGCGCGCCGCCGACCGCGGCGAGGACUUCAUAGCAGCCCGACCCACCUCGCCCGCUGUCACGGCACUCACGGAUAUAGUCAAGAAAAUCACGGCGUCCUGUGAAUCUUAAAUAUUAAAUGACACAAGUGUUUUUGUUAUUUACAUAUUAUAGUUUUAAGUGUAUCGAGCCGACACCUAGUCUGUGUUAAAUGUAAAGAUAAAAAUCAAAUAUAUUAUAUAAAAUAAAUAUAUAUUCACGUACUUAAAA